AGCCCUUCAGCAAAGGCAACUGCCACAGAUUCCAGUUGCGGUUGUCUUCUAAGCAUUCGUGACUAGUUAUGGCUUUUGUUCGUCCACAUUUGUGGUCUAUCUUUACUCUACUAGUUUUGUCUUGUCUUCUUAUAAACCCAGGUUCUUGUUUCAAACCCAAGCUCUUUUACAAUGUCUCAAAAUAUGAAUCGGAUUCUAAUUGGUCCCCAGCCGGUGCAACCUGGUAUGGAAGCCCCAGCGGCGCCGGAAGCGACGGGGGUGCUUGUGGAUAUGGAAAUGCUGUAGAGCAAGCACCAUUCUCUUCAAUGAUUACGGCUGGGGGUCCGUCGUUGUACAAAUCUGGCAAAGAAUGUGGAGCUUGUUAUCAGGUAAAAUGCACAUCGAGUGCUAACGCAGCGUGCUCGGGGAAGCCGGUGACAGUGAUUAUAACCGAUGCGUGCCCUGGUUGUGUUUCGGAGUCUGUUCAUUUUGAUUUAAGCGGCACCGCUUUCGGAACGAUGGCGCUUCCUGGCCAAGCUGAUAAGCUACGCAAUGCUGGAGUCCUGCAGGUUAAAUAUCAAAGAGCAAAAUGCAACUACCCUGGUAAGACGAUAACCUUCAAGGUGGACGCAGGGUCUAAUCCGAACUACUUUGCAACUCUAAUCGAAUACGAAGAUGGAGAUGGUGACCUUGCUUCAGUGGACCUGAAACAAGCAGUUGACUCGGACUCAUGGCUUCCCAUGCAGCAGUCAUGGGGUGCGGUCUGGAAACUUGACGCUGGUUCUACCUUACAUGCCCCCUUCUCGAUUCGCCUGACGGCGUUAGAGUCCAGCAACACCAUCGUAGCAAACAAUGUGAUCCCGGCUGGUUGGAAGCCUGGUCAAACUUAUAGAUCUGUUGUAAAUUUUGCUACCUAAACUCUAUAUGGAAUUAUGCUGUUGAAGGCUAUGCUUAAUUACAAAAGUCAACUUAUUAGCAUGACUUGCGGUUUGUCUUCAUGCAAUAUAAAAUUACAUAUAAAUAAGAAGUAGGGCUCUCCUUUGUGGAAAGAUAUGUGUGCAUUGCCCAGGAGGAGAUUUUUGGCGGAUAGCCAUCUCCUUGUGCUUAGUUGUGUAUUUGGGUUCUUUUGGUUUUUUAUAAACCUUCUUUUCCAGGGAAAAAAAAAAAAA